CGCCGAGGAGGAGGACGGCGAGCGGAGCGCCCGGGCCCGCGACUCCGAUGAGGACACUGAGGAUGCCAGUGAAACAGACCUGGCAAAGCAUGAGGAGGAGGACUUUGUAGAAAUGAAAGAACAGAUGUAUCAGGACAAACUGGCAUCUCUGAAGAGGCAGUUACAGCAGUUGCAGGAAGGUACUCUUCAGGAAUAUCAGAAAAGGAUGAAAAAGUUGGACCAGCAGUACAAAGAAAGGAUACGAAAUGCAGGAACCUGUCUUCUGAGAUGAAUUUCACUAAUGGUUUAGGUUGGAAAAGACCUCCAAAAAGACCUUUCACAUGCACUAGAGCUGCAUUCUGGCAAUCCUGGACUGUUUUGAUAAAAUUAAGCCAAAGUGCAAACUGGUAUUUCUGGCUGGCCACGAGCAGUGCUGCAGCAGCAGAGUUCUUCCACAGGAGGGCAGAACUGUUCCUGCAGCUGGAAACAGACCAGGUGGAGAAAAAUUAUGUGAAGGAAAAGAAAGCAGCAGCAAAGGAGUUUGAAGAUAAGAAAAUUGAGCUUAAGGAAAAUCUGAUAGCAGAGUUGGAAGAGAAGAAGAAGAUGAUUGAGAAUGAAAAGCUAACCAUGGAAUUAACAGGAGAUUCAAUGGAAGUGAAGCCUAUUAUGACAAGGAAACUGAGACGGCGACCAAAUGAUCCAGUUCCUAUCCCAGACAAGAGGAGGAAACCUGCCCCUGCUCAGCUUAAUUAUUUGUUGACUGAUGAGCAAAUAAUGGAGGACCUAAGAACGCUGAAUAAGCUUAAAUCACCCAAGAGACCAGCCUCCCCCUCCUCUCCCGAGCACCUCCCAGCUACACCAGCAGAGUCUCCGGCACAGCGGUUUGAAGCUCGGAUAGAAGAUGGCAAACUCUACUAUGACAAGAGAUGGUACCACAAGAGCCAAGCUAUUUACCUGGAGUCUAAAGAGAACACGAAGAUCAGCUGUGUGAUCAGUUCUGUGGGCGCCAACGAGAUCUGGGUGAGGAAAACCAGCGACAGCACCAAGAUGAGGAUCUACCUGGGGCAGCUGCAGCGGGGCGUGUUCGUGAUCCGCCGGCGAUCGGCCACCUGACUCUGCUCCGCCCUGUCCUGGGUUUUAUCGGAUCACCAAACUCUGCCAGGGGCUCACAGGCUGCUCACUCCCUCCAGCAGCAGGGAACAGUCCUGACCUCUGACGAGACACUUUGUGGCUGGCCACAUAAUCCCCAGUAGUCCUUAAACCUUUAGUGAUGCCCAAGCACUGCCCUGGACUAUUUCUGGAUUUUGCAUCAAGCUUCUGUACGCUCUCUUUGUAUUUUGGGUGACUGUUUGAGAAGACUUUGCCUCAUCCUCCUUUUCAUCCUUGUUUUGUGGUGCACAGAUGGGACUCGUGUGUCAAAACCAUCAUCAUCAUGUUUCUUUUGGGAGUCAGACCAGUGGAAGAAGCUUUGCUUGUCGAGGCCUGAGGUUAUUUGUGCUUUUUGGCCUUGUUUUACUGCAAGGCUUAGGAUUUUGGACAAAAGAUGAAUCCUGCCAGGUUUCAGCCACAGCUGAGAGAUGCCUCCAAAAUACCUGGUGCACAACAUCAACUUAAUUGGAUGGACUGUUGAAAGACUGGGGAGUUUUUUCAGGAUGGUGUGAACAGCUCAAACUGGUGAAAAUACAGUGAUUUUAAUGUAGCUCAGAGUCACGCGUGGUUAGUCAGAAGCUUCAGUUUCUCUUCACAUUAAAAAACCCUUCAAUGAACAAGCA